UGCACCACCUCUGCUCUGGUCUGGCAGCUUUGCUGGCACACCACCGCGUCCACGUUCGUCCGAGAGAGACGAAGCGAGAGAGAAACGGAGAGGGCCGAGCGGAGAGGGAGAGAGAGAGAGAGAGGGAUAGCCAGCGACCAAUACCGACGCAGGGGGAGGACGAGCCAAGCCGACUCGCGUUGGGCUAGGUCAGGUCUACCCGAGUUCCACACACUGCUCUCUGCGUGUGCCAUCCAAAGAGACCCCGAAGGCGGAGACCACCCUCGAAAAAAGGGUUGAAACGCGACGGUACUCACGGGGAAACGCGUGUCCGGUUUCCCGUCGAUUCCCGUUGAUUCGCGUUCGUCCAAGGUGGUUCGCGUGGUUCGCAUUUGUUCGUUAUUGUGCGCGCCGGUUUGCCGCGGAGUUAAUUCUCCGGUGGUGCUCUCGACGGAAAUCUGCGUCUCGUUCGCGUUCACGUUCUCGCUUACGACCAGUCGCGAGUUUGUCGGCGUUACCGUCCGCCGACGGCGUGCUCGCGGAAUCGGAAUCGGCUCGGUCCCUCGUUCGUCGGAAGGGGUGGAAAAAGCGUUGCCGAACGUUGUUUGAAAGACAACCACCGAUUUCGCUCGCGGUACUCGUGCGCUUCUCUCGACCGAUCGACCGGCUCACCCCCGUCCGAGUUGGAGCGGUUUUGCGUCCCGGUUGUUACACCUGGGAAAGUAAAAUAGGGCCGGAGGAGGGGGCGCGAGACGGAAAGAGGUGAAGCACGUCCAAGUUGUUGGUUCUGCGGUCGCGAGCGCGCGCGCGUGUGUGUGUGUAGGUGCGUGGUGUGACUCGUGCGUGUACGCGCGAGUGUGUGCGCUAGGGGGUGGUGCAUUCGAAAGGAGAGUGAGAAGAAGCGCGUGUGCUUUCCCGGACGAUCUCUUCUCCGGUCGGUCACGACCGGAAUCGAGCCGGAAUCGAACUCGAAUCGAAGCCGAUUCGAGGAGAGCCGACCGGCCGCGGUGGGGCGAGGAGGAUCGAGGGGAUACCUCGGUGCGAUCGCCGCGGAUCCUUCCGAGCAUAGUUGUUGACAAACAACGAGAACGGAGAGUGCGAGUGGUUGAUCGAGUCGGGUGCAACGGCAGCACCGAUCCCAACUUCUUUUCCUCGAUGUCCUGAUAAUCGAUAAGCGUCGUAUAGGUGGCAGAGGACCGCCUAGGUCGGCAGCGAUCGGCCUUAUCGACGUCGAGAUUUCGCCUUGCCUUCGGACAUUUUCAAAUAAAUGUUGAGCAACACCGGCGCGUUUCGUCCCUCGACGCGAGGCCGCUGCUCCAGGCACCCGAGUCUGCCCAGAGUCGUCGGGAUGCCGAUCUCCCUUAAGAAUCACAGGAUCACGUAAAGAUACCGGGCACCAGGAGUACCUCCCCCUCGCCGCGACCGCGAAGCAAGCAGAAACGAGACCGAGCACAGGAGAGGAGAGGGCAGGGAUCGCAGAUCGCAGGUCGCAGGUCGCAGAUCGCAGUCGACGACUCGCGGGUCGCGAACCGAUGCGUCAAAAGGCUGAAGGAUGGAGGCCAGCGAGUGGGAUCACGCGACCUUGAGGGAAGAGGAAUUCGAGCAGCAUGCCGUGUAUUUGGUACCGGACGUGGGGGCGUCGCCAGGCGACGCGAACCGCGCUGAAGCGUCCCUGCCGAGAAAUUUGGUCCUCAAGCCUUCUCAGGCCCUCCACGAUGUACGUUCCUCCGCCAAAGAAUCAUUUCUCGAGAUCUCCUCGGUGUUGGGCGUUUGGAGCACCAGUUACAUACCGAAGGGGACCCGGUUCGGUCCGCUGGUGGGACAAGUGUACACCAAGGACUCGGUGCCGGCCGACGCGAACCGGAAAUACUUCUGGAGGGUGUACAAGAACAACGAGCUGUUCUACUACAUCGACGGUUACGACGUCCAGAAAUCAAAUUGGAUGCGUUACGUAAACCCGGCUUAUUCGUCCGAAUCGCAGAACCUAAUAGCAUGCCAGUAUAAGAUGAACAUUUAUUUUUACACGAUCAAGCCGAUACUACCGAACCAGGAGCUGUUGGUCUGGUACUGCAGAGAGUUCGCGGAGAGGCUCAAUUACCCGUUAACGGGCGAGCUGAUGCUUCAAAGAAUACGACAACAAGUACAACAAUCGGCGCUGCCGAACGAGCUGCCGCCGACCGUGGACGCGGUCUCGCCGCUGAAGGACCCGUCGAUCUACGAGAGACGGUCGCAGAUGACGCCGACCGACGGAUCGGUGAGGUCGGACGAGGGCUACCACUCGAACGGCUACCACGACGAGGUGCUCACGCCGCCGGAGGAGAGCAGCGAGUCCGACUCGGAGAACAACUACGUGCUGGACUUCAGCAAGAACUCGAAGACGUCGGUGUGCAGCAACGAGGUGCUCGACAAGCAGGACAACGCGGCCGCGAAGAACGAGUACAGGAAGGUCAAGAUCAAGAUCACGAAGACCUACGGGAACUUCCAGGCCGCGAAGACGGGGCUGGACGGUGCCGUGAAGGACAAGGACCAAGAACUGUCGAGCAGAGCGGUGACCCCCGAGCUGCAGAAGUCGGUCUCGCCGAUGCUGCUGCAGAAGAACGCGGUGCUCUCGACUGUCGCCGAGGAUGAGAUCCACGAGAAGAACGCGAAACCGUUCUACGAGCCGGAGGUCAAGGGCAACAUGCCCGGCUCCGGGAGACCGGCCUACCUGGCCAGUCCAAGCAGUUCCAUCCUCGAAAACAUCCUACUGCGCAGCAGCACCGAUAACAAUAACAACAGCCACAGCCACAGCCAUCACCACAACGGCGCGCUGCAGCACCACCAACAGCAGCAACAGCAGCAGCAGCAGCAACAACAACAACAACAACAGCAGCAGCAGCAGCAGCAACAACAACAACAACAACAGCAACAGCAGCAACAGCCACACCAUCAGAUCCACCAUCAGANGGAAGAAAACCUUAAAGCGAAACCCGCGAAGCCAUUGAUGCCUCACUCGGAUCGCGCCGGAUUCCGAAGCAAACGGCACCGCGUUGCUUGUCCGCGUGUCCGGCUUUCGUUCGCGGACCCCUUGAAACGGCGGGGCCACGGACUGUCUAAAAUCGCUGCUUUCCGUCGACAGGUGUACAAGAACAACGAGCUGUUCUACUACAUCGACGGUUACGACGUCCAGAAAUCAAAUUGGAUGCGUUACGUAAACCCGGCUUAUUCGUCCGAAUCGCAGAACCUAAUAGCAUGCCAGUAUAAGAUGAACAUUUAUUUUUACACGAUCAAGCCGAUACUACCGAACCAGGAGCUGUUGGUCUGGUACUGCAGAGAGUUCGCGGAGAGGCUCAAUUACCCGUUAACGGGCGAGCUGAUGCUUCAAAGAAUACGACAACAAGUACAACAAUCGGCGCUGCCGAACGAGCUGCCGCCGACCGUGGACGCGGUCUCGCCGCUGAAGGACCCGUCGAUCUACGAGAGACGGUCGCAGAUGACGCCGACCGACGGAUCGGUGAGGUCGGACGAGGGCUACCACUCGAACGGCUACCACGACGAGGUGCUCACGCCGCCGGAGGAGAGCAGCGAGUCCGACUCGGAGAACAACUACGUGCUGGACUUCAGCAAGAACUCGAAGACGUCGGUGUGCAGCAACGAGGUGCUCGACAAGCAGGACAACGCGGCCGCGAAGAACGAGUACAGGAAGGUCAAGAUCAAGAUCACGAAGACCUACGGGAACUUCCAGGCCGCGAAGACGGGGCUGGACGGUGCCGUGAAGGACAAGGACCAAGAACUGUCGAGCAGAGCGGUGACCCCCGAGCUGCAGAAGUCGGUCUCGCCGAUGCUGCUGCAGAAGAACGCGGUGCUCUCGACUGUCGCCGAGGAUGAGAUCCACGAGAAGAACGCGAAACCGUUCUACGAGCCGGAGGUCAAGGGCAACAUGCCCGGCUCCGGGAGACCGGCCUACCUGGCCAGUCCAAGCAGUUCCAUCCUCGAAAACAUCCUACUGCGCAGCAGCACCGAUAACAAUAACAACAGCCACAGCCACAGCCAUCACCACAACGGCGCGCUGCAGCACCACCAACAGCAGCAACAGCAGCAGCAGCAGCAACAACAACAACAACAACAGCAGCAGCAGCAGCAGCAACAACAACAACAACAACAGCAACAGCAGCAACAGCCACACCAUCAGAUCCACCAUCAGACGCACGUGGACUCGGUGACUCCACCGCCGUCCAGCCCGACGGAGAUGGCCUACUCGUACAAAAAGUCCCAUCGCUACGGGAAUAUUCUCCCGUGCAGCCCGGACUCGAGCUCGAAUCUGCCGAUGCAAGCGGACGCGUGCGUGAACUCGACCACCAGCGGGAACAGCGCCCUGCCGAUGCAGAGUCCGACGAGCGACCUGCACUCGAGCACCGGCAGCCUGCACUCGAGCACCGGGAACCUGCACUCGAGCACCGGCCCGGGGAACGCGGGGCUGCAAUCGCACCCAGGGAGCAUCCAUUCGUCCAGCAACGCGAGCAAUCACCAUUCGAGCCACUCGAACGCGAGCGUGCUGUCGUCGAGCACGAUCCUGACGUCGACCAGCGGCAUCCACUCGUCCGCGGCGAGCAGCAGCUGCCCGGCCAAGAGGAAGACCAAGUCGCCGUCGCCGAGCGGGACGCCCCAAGGGGCCGCGACCACCUCGACGAUCCUCUACUCGAGCUCCGGUGGCUGUCAGAUCGAGUCGAGCCCGGUUUACCCGAGCUCGGCCGCGAGCAGCAACCAGAGCGUGUCGCCGAUCUCGCCGAUCCAGUCGCCGUCCUCGUAUCCGUACGGCAUCUACCAUCAGAACGGCUCGUUGCACCACAACGUCGCCCCGUUGUCGAUCAACUGCACCGCCUACUCGCCGACCCCGAGCGGGAACGUCGUCUACGAGAGGCCGGACGGCAGGAGGCUCGAGGCGGCGACCAGCAGCCACCAGCUGCCGACCUCCUCCACCAUGCAGAUCGACACCAACCAGGCGUUGAUCGCCAGCACGCACAACCUUCACCUCGGCCACCAUCCCGGGCUCACCAUCCACGCGAACUCCUCCUUGAACCGAUACUCGCCCGCGAGCUCCCUCUCACCGGACGACCACGGCUGCUCGCAGAGCGGCUCCCUCAGCCCCAACUCCCAGGGGUCCAGGGGCUACAGGUCGUUGCCCUACCCGCUCAAGAAGAAGGACGGCAAGAUGCACUACGAGUGCAACGUAUGCUGCAAGACCUUCGGCCAGCUAUCGAACCUCAAGGUGCACCUGAGGACGCACUCCGGCGAAAGGCCGUUCAAGUGCAACGUCUGCACCAAGAGCUUCACCCAGCUGGCCCACCUCCAGAAGCACCAUCUCGUGCACACCGGUGAGAAGCCCCACCAGUGCGAGAUCUGCAAGAAGAGGUUCAGCUCGACCUCGAACCUGAAGACGCACCUGAGACUGCACUCGGGCCAAAAGCCGUACGCCUGCGACCUGUGCCCCGCGAAGUUCACUCAGUUCGUUCACCUGAAGCUACACAAGAGGUUACACACGAACGAGAGGCCCUACACCUGCCAGGGCUGCGACAAGAAGUACAUUAGCGCGAGCGGCCUCAGGACCCACUGGAAGACGACCAGCUGCAGGCCGAACAACAUCGAGGACGAGCUCGCCUUGGCCGCGGCGGUCGGCUCGCCGACUUACUACGAGUACGGGCCCGACAUGAAUGUCGGUAACAUUCCGAAGGAAUGCGAACUGGAGCACAUCGAGAACUACGAGAGGCACGGAUCGACGCACGGAUCUACGCACGGGCCGCACUCCACGUCCCUGCACAACCUGGAGAACUCCGUGGGCAGGCCGAGCGUCAUAGAGACCUCCCAGCCUCACAUAAUCGAGUGCACCUAAGAACGGGGGUAUGAGCCCUUUCGCUCCAGCGCAGAACCUAGCCGUGGAAUAGUAAACGAGUUGCUCACGACAGACGAAACGUACUCGUACCCCUGCUUCCCUUUCGAGAGCUAUUCCCGGAACUGUAAUUUUCUGAAAUUUGAUUCGUCGUAAGCAGCGUGUGUAAUGAUCACGAACUGAGUGUAUAAAGAACGGUGGGGUUUCGGGUGGGGUCGGGGUUGGGGGAUGUGACAAACAGGGAGAAAGAGAAAAAAAAGAGAGAGAGAGAGACAGA